UAUUUAAGAGGCAGAUAUUCAUUAUUCAGAGUGCAAAAAUAAUCCAGAAAAUGGCUACAAAACCAGGAAUGCUUACCGAUUGGCCAUGGAAGCCUCUUGGAAGUUAUAAGUAUAUGAUGUUGGGUCCAUGGGCAAUGCAUUCUCUAGCAAAAGCCAAACAUGAGUUGGAGUUGGACUACUUUAAUCUCCUGAUCCUCCCAUUUCUGCUCUCAAGAGCUCUCCACAACCAGAUUUGGAUAUCCUUCUCUCGCCACAGAACUGCUAAAGGCAACAACAAGAUCUCUCAAAGACCUAUCGAAUUCCAACAAGUUGACAGAGAAACCAACUGGGACGAUCAAAUUCUUCUAAACGGACUUCUCUUCUACUUUUUCAACUCCAUACUGCCAGCCUCCUCUUCCUUGCCUGUGUGGAGGACUGACGGCGUCGUUAUAACGGCGUUGCUCCACGCCGGCCCCAUCGAGUACCUCUACUACUGGCUGCACAGAGCUCUGCACCACCAUUAUCUCUACUCUAGAUACCAUUCUCACCACCACUCCUCCAUCGUCACAGAGCCCAUUUCAUCUGUGAUACAUCCCUUUGCAGAGCACAUAGCCUACUAUAUGCUGUUUGGGAUUCCACUUCUUGGAACGCUUUUUAUCGGUGUGACUUCGUUGGCUUCUCUCUUUGGAUACAUAACCUACAUUGAUUUCAUGAACAAUAUGGGGCACUGCAACUUCGAGUUCAUCCCUAAAUGGCUCUUUUCCGUCUUCCCUCCUCUCAAAUACUUCAUGUAUACGCCUUCGUUCCACUCGCUGCAUCACAGUCAGUUCCGGACCAACUAUUCUCUCUUCAUGCCGCUAUACGACUACAUCCACGGCACCACAGACAGGUCGUCCGAUGCCCUGUACGAGAGCUCACUCGAGAGGCUACAGGAGAUUCCUGACGUGGUGCACCUCACCCACUUAACCACUCCGGAAUCCAUCUUCCACCUCCGCCUUGGAUUCGCCUCGUUCGCUUCAAGGCCUCAUGAAUCCAAAUGGAGCUCGUGGCCUCUAUCGUGGCUGCUCACCUUCAUCAAUGGUGGCAGCACCUUUCUUGCAGAGACAAACAUGUUAGGGAAACUCAAGCUACAGACAUGGACCGUCCCACGUUAUAGUAUACAGUACGGCCUAAAAUGGCAACGACAACGUAUCAAUACCUUAAUCGAAGAAGCCAUUCUCGAAGCUGAUGUACGAGGCUCCAAGGUCAUAAGCCUAGGUUUGCUCAAUCAGAGCCAGGAAGUGAACAGAAGUGGAGAAUUUUUUAUUGAAAGACACCCACAACUGAAAACAAAAGUUGUUGAUGGAAGCAGUCUAGCAGUAGCCAUUGUGCUAAACAGCAUUCCCACAGGAACAACCGAAAUCCUAUUCCGUGGCGCUCUCUCAAAACUUGCUUUCGCCAUCGUAUCCGCUUUGCUCCAACGCAGAAUUCAGGUUGCAACAUUCUACGAAACGGAGAUGCUUAAGCUAUCCGCGGCAACCAAGGGUGAAGUUGCAGUGUCCAAAAGUUACACUCAAAAGGUAUGGAUAGUUGGAGAUGGAUUAUCAAGAGAUGAACAGGUCAAGGCGCCAAAGGGGACUACUCUCUUCAUUCCUUUCUCCCAUUUCCCGCCAAAAAAGGAGCGGGACGACGCCUCGUACUGCCACACUCCUUCCAUGAUCGCCCCUUCUUCUCUCCAAAAUCUUCAUUCUUGUGAGAAUUGGCUGCCGAGAAGAGUCCUGAGUGCUGCGCGCAUUGCUGGAAUACUGCACGCCCUCGAAGGGUGGGACGUGCACGAGUGCGGCGACUCCAUUUUCGACGUCGACAAGAUUUGGGAGGCUGCUAUUAGACAUGGCUUUCGCCCCACAACCAUUUCCAAAUGACUCCACCAUAUAUAUGUAUUUGUUUUCUCAUGCAAUUUCUCUUUCUUGCUAGAGUACAUGUUGGAUAAUCAGUUUCAUGAGUGCUUAUUCGGUUAUCCGACCGGACCAAUUUUAACCGGUUUUGCAAAGAAUCAAGACCAGAGGAUUGGUUUCCGGUCUGGUACCGAUUAUGAAGUUUUUUCUUAAUUGGUUCUCGGUUCUCACCUGGGACACUACUAAAUUUCAAUUUCAAUUUCAAUUUCAAUUUUAUAUUUUAUAAUUUA